CCUGUCAAAUGGUCAACUGGUUUUUACACUAGAACUCCGUUAAACCGUAAUUGCACGUUGAGCCGUUAGACCGUCACACUAGACUUCAGUUGGCAAAAUCGAAAUUGGCCGUCGCGAUUGCGGAGGACUCUGCGUUUCCAUUUUUCCUCUCUUCUUUUAACUUCUAUCGAUGCCAUCAUCGCUCGGCAGCAGUCCUACGGUGAUCAUCUCUAAAUCAACAUUUGAAAUCUGGCAAUUCUGUGUCGAAAUAUGAACAGGAGUUGAUGGCGAAUGUAUCGGCGAGGAAGAAGUCUAACAAGAGAUCGAAUUCGAAUUUGAAGCGCCAGCAGCAGUCGUCGGUGGCCUCUCCUUCCAUGUCUUUUCGUCUCAAACACAGGAGAAAGAUCAUUCUGUUGACUACAGUUGCUGUGGCUUGGGGCGUGUUACUAACGGUGAGCCGUACAUCGAUAUCUUCCACCGCCUUUCAAUCAAAACUUCAAUCCAGCCAUCUUCACACUGUCGAAGUGGUCAACGAAUUUCCUCAUGACCCCGGCGCCUUCACUCAGGGCCUUUUGUAUGCAGAAGAUGAUACGUUGUUUGAAUCAACUGGCCUUUACGGAAAUUCAUCUGUGCGGAAAGUGGCUCUUCGGAGUGGAAAGGUUCAAGCUAUUCAGAAAAUGAAGAGAAGUUAUUUUGGAGAAGGUUUGACUCUUCUUGGAGAAAGGUUGCUUCAAGUUACUUGGUUGCGGAAUAUUGGUUUCAUUUAUGACCGGAAUGAUUUAAGCAAAUUUGAGGAGUUUACCCAUCAAAUGCAAGAUGGUUGGGGAUUGGCUACUGAUGGAAAAAUUUUGUUUGGGAGCGAUGGAUCAUCAACCUUGUAUCAGAUGGAUCCUCAAACCAUGAAAGUUAUUAGUAAACACAUUGUGAAGUAUCAAGGACAUGAAGUACGCUAUCUCAAUGAAUUAGAGUACGUAAACGGUGAAGUUUGGGCAAAUGUUUGGCAGACUGACUGUAUUGCUAGAAUCUCGCAUGAUGAUGGUACUAUGCUAGGAUGGGUCCUCCUCCAUAAUUUGAGGGAAGGGUUAAUAGCUGCUGGGUUCACGGGAAUUGAUGUUUUAAAUGGCAUAGCUUGGGAUAAAGACAAAAACCGUCUUUUUGUGACUGGAAAGCUGUGGCCAAAGCUGUAUGAGAUCAAGCUGCAACCCAUUCAAACACCCUUUAAUGGAGACGUUGAGAAGAUCUGCAUACCAAGGGCAAUCCAUUUUUGACCGAGCAUUGGGAACUUAUAUGCCUCUUUGAAGGUAGGCAUCUCUGUGGCGGCUCAACAAAAAAAUUGGCCCUGAUGGGCGUAUUAAAGAAUAUGGGAGGAGUUACAGAUGGGCGUAUUUUGUAGGUGAUACUGCUGUACCAUACUUGGCAGUAAUUUAUUUAUCCAAUUAUUCAGCAAAAGCAUAGAGAAGCGACUAA